AUGGCAGCCCGAGGAUGGGAGCGUGACGGCGACUUGGCUCGGCGCGACGACACUGGUGCCUCUACCGCCACAGUUGAUGGUAUAUCAGGUACUCACGAUGGUGGAGGAGAUGCUGCAGGAUCUGCUGUAGUUCAAAAACGGCGUCGCAACCUGCUACGAGAGUCACAUUUGGUCUCAGCUGAAGGUUUCAAAAAAGUCCACCGGACGUUUCCAUAUCAAGUGAGCGGCGACGUUUCGGGACGUGAAGCUCAGGCCCUGGCAUCUCUGAUCAAUAUGUACAAGCAAUGGGCCUUUGAUCUUUAUCCAGGCCUGAAUAUUGAGGACUUUAUAGACCGCACUGAGACGCUGGGAAAAGGACAUCAAGUACAAGGUCUUAUGACGGAAUUGAGAGAGGAGGAAAGACUUAAAAGAGUAAAGAAAAGAGACGAAGAAGAAGAGAAAGUUAUUGAAAGUGAAGAAGAGGAAGCUAUGCUAUAG